UGGGCACAGCUGCUUUUCGGUUCGUUCCGCUGUGUAAUGUGAUUGCUGCAGAUGACGUGCCUCAUCGUUUUCAGGUGUAAACAGCGCGGAGUUGACUGCUGAAUCCGUUUGCUUGGUGUCGUGUGCGGGAGCUUUGAUUGAUUUGUGUAAAACCAAAAUUCACUGCGGAUACCGAAGCCUUCUGGGCUCCCAUCGGUGCGACCAUGAAGUGGUUCGAUGGAUCUAUUCCCGAGGCAAUCGCUCUGGCAAAGUCCAAGCAACAACUCUUCCUAGUGUUCAUCGAAGGAAAUGAUGAACUCUCAAAGGCCAUGGGCACCACUUACGAAGAUGCAGCCGUUUCGUCCAAGUUGCAGAGUUCUCACUGUGUUGCCAUCAAGCUUCAGGCUGGCAGGCAACCAUGCCAGCAGUUCUCACAGAUCUACCCCGUUGUGGUUGUGCCCUCAAGCUUCUUCAUUGGCUGCAAUGGAAUUCCCUUGGAAGUGAUAGCUGGCAGUGUCGAGCCACCGGAGCUGCUGAACCGCAUUGACAAACUCUUCCAGGAACCUAGCUCUGUUGGUGACAAUGGUAGCUUGCCAACUGAAGCACCCCUUGAGCCAGCACCGAGUGCCUCACAGGCUGAGGCCAUCCCUUCUAAGGAAACGGCACCGCCCGACGCAGCUUCCCUGGAGGAAAGGGUCGAGAGGGCAAAGCGUCUUGUUGAGGAGCGGCGCCUGCAGAAGAUAAGAGAAGAGGAAGAGGCGGUGCGGCAGAGUGAGAUGAAGCGAAGGCGAGUGGCAAGGGAGCUGCAGAUGGCACAAGAGUCGCGGGAGGAGCAGCAGCGCCGUGAGUGGGCACGGCAGCGGGCACAGGACAAAGAGGAAGAACGCAGGCACCGGGAACGCAUCCAGGCACAGAUUGCACAGGACAGGGCAGACCGUGCCGAGAAAUACCACAAGGAGAAAGCCCAAGAGGAACAGCGCAAGCGGGAGCGCGAAACCCAGCGGCUCCUUGAACAACAGCAGAAGGCUGCGCAGGAAGCAGCUGCACGGAGCCAAGUAGCCAGGAUACAGUUCCGUUUGCCAGAUGGGUCAUCUGCUACACACACCUUCAACGCUGAUGCCACGCUUCAGGAUCUGCAUGACUACGUUGUAGAGACGGUGCAGCCGAGUUUUUCCAACUUCACCCUGUCAACAACAUUCCCACGCCGGGAGUUCACCCAGGAGCAGUACCAGAGCAGCCUUCGUGAGCUGGAACUGGCCCCAUCAGCUGUAAUUCUUGUGGUACCUGUCAAUACGCCUAGUGUGGUGGUUCCAGCAGCAGUGAGCAAAUCGGGAGCAUCACUCAUGAACCUCCUGUGGUCUCUGCUGGCACCGUUUGGCGUGAUCUGGAGUCUCUUUGUGGGCCUCAUCUUUGGGUCACCUGACCCUCCAGUUUCGGCUCCCGACAGCAGUACCUCAGCUCAGCGCAGUGACCAGGCUUCUUUUGGGUCUCAAGAGCAGCAGCAAACACAGGGGGGGGCACGACGACGACGCACAGCACCACAGCCGCAGGGUGAAGGAAACGUGUACCAACGUGAAGGAAACGUGUACCGCUUCUCCAACCAGCGCUUCAGUGAUGAGGACGAUGACACCAACACCUGGAAUGGGAACUCCACUCAGCAGAUGUAGCCUUGCCUUCACACAAGGGUGGCUGGGAGCAGUACAAAAAGAAAAUAUAUAUAUAUGUGUCUGUGC